CGGAAAGCCAUCAAAUAGAGGUACCAUGAUAAUUACUACUCGUAUAAAAAUAUACUCCAUACUCGGUAUUUAAUUUGGUGGACAGUACCAGCUUUUGAAAAUCAGAAAAUCAAUUUUCGCAAAUCACCGAUCCACGAUCCGACCUAGGGCAUUCUUCUCACCUUUUCUUCUCCAAUCAUCAUCUCUGGGCGACGCAACCCUUUAGGCCGGCGCUUGCCUUCUCCAGCGAGAGCUUCUCGGCCGACGCUUCUCUUCUCCAGCCCACACAAACUACUGUCUUCAAUUCCAAGGUCUAUCGCACCGGCCAUGGCGAUGCAAGCUGGCAUGGGAUUAUCUAAGAUAGUUAUCUUAUUGGGAGCAGGAUACACCACUACCUUGCUUGUGAAGAACGGAAAAUUAUCUGAUGUUUUGGCCGAACUUCAGAAUUUGGUGAAAAUUCAUGAAAGUUCCGGAGAAGGUGCAGAAACGGAAGCAGUUCUUGCUGCGCAGGUUCGGCGAUUAGCUAUGGAAGUGCGAUCAUUGACCUCGUCAAGACCAAUAACUGUUCUCAAUGGGGGUUCUAGUGGUAACCUGACAAAUCUUGUGGCUCCAGCUGCUGCUUUAGGGGUCCUAGGGUAUGGCUACAUGUGGCUGAAGGGAAUCUCAUUCUCUGACCUUAUGUAUGUAACAAAGAGUAGUAUGGCAAAUGCUGUUUCCAACUUAACCAAACAUCUGCAGCAUGUUUCUGAUGCCUUAGCAGCAACAAAAAGGCAUUUGACGCAGAGAAUUGAGAAUGUAGAUGGGAAGCUGGAUGACCAAAUUGAGAUAUCAAAACAUAUUAGAGCAGAGGUUAGCGAUGUACGUGGUGAUCUUUCUAAAAUUGAUAAUGAUGUAGAUGCAAUACAGAUGAUGUUGUCUGGCCUGGAUGGAAGACUUCUUUCCUUGGAAGAAAAGCAGGAGAUUGCAAAUGCAGGUGUUAUGUAUCUUUGUGGUAAUCUUCACUUCACUGAAAAGCUCAACCGAGCUGGUGGUAAUUCAGUGGGUGCCAUCAUGGGCCUCAGAGACAUUAUGGGUGCGUUGGAGUCAAGAGAGACGGGUAGACUCAUUACAGAUGGCAGCGCAAUAGGUGGUUCUCCCAUGUCUACUGAUCCCCCUAGAGGCUUGGUCAGGAGGGCAUCAAUGAAGUGCUGAUAAAAGUAAUUUAAUACAAGUAUUUUUCUUUGUGUUUUGCUUUUGGAUCGUCUGUUCUUGUUAAUAUUGGAUUCAGAAGUAGAAGAAUAAAUAAAUCAACUAGAGAACUACAAAAUAAAGGGAAUCUCUCAUUAUUCGUGAACAAUAAGGUGCAUCGUACUAGCUUGAGUUCUUAAAUUCAUCCCCACUUUAGUAAGAUAUCAUUAUUCCAAUGUGGGUCAUGUCAGUUCUUGAAACAUCAUCGCACUAGCUUUAAGUUCUUCAAUCAACAAAAGAAAAAUGCUCCUUUUGAAACAACGCUUUGAUUAUGUGUAAAACAAUACAAAAAUUUAUCUUCAAAUAUUCUCUAUACCCGCCCAUCCCAAAAUAGAUAUCUGGCUAUGCUACUGAUUGGUGUGCUUGUCGUGUUGUGUCCUAAUUUGGUUUUAAUUAUUUUAUUACCUUUGUUGAUGAUUGUUCUUGUAUGACUUGAUUGUAAUUUAUGAAACAAUGAUCUCAAUUAUCAUCUCAUUUUGUGCCUUUUGUGAUAUGAAAACUUAGAUGAAUGUUCAUGUUCAUGUGUUAAGGGGAGACCAUCUCCAAGAAUAUUUGUCUUCUCUGUUUAAGUCUUAUAUGGUUUAACAUGUCAUUAUUCACCAAACUUCAUGAAUAGACAUACCACUUCAAAAUAGAAUUGCUGAAAGAAAGAAGUGAUAACCCUUAAAAAUUUAAGGGCUUUUCCAUUCCAAAGGCAUGUGCCUGACCUUUUUGGGCUGAUGAUGUGUCCAAGCUUUUUUGAUACAUCAUAUGUUGUCUUCUAUUUUGGAUGGUAAAGCUACUUAUUGGUGCCUAUUUCCAAGAAAAAAGACAUUUUUGUAUCUCAUUUACGAUAUUUGGUUACACUUGUUUUUUUAUUCAAUGAGAAAUGUAAUCACAGCAUCUGUUGUAGAGAAACAUUGCAUCUGUUGUAGAGAAACAAUGCGUCUGUUGUAGAGAAACAAUGAAUCUGUUACACUUGUUUUGUUAGAAAGAUUAAUCCCUCUCUUAUAAAGUUAGAUCCCAAAUCUUUAAAGUGUAUUUUUUUCUUAGGUUAUUCUCAGGAUCUGACGAGUACAUGUGAUUUUGUAUAAGCACAUAUCGGUAUAUUGUUUCUAUUGAUGUCUCAUUUGAUUGAAAAUGAACUUUUCUCAUCAUACAUGGAGAAUGUUGAAAAUAUUCCACAUGCUACUAUUUCUGACCCAAGUGUCUAAUACACUUGAUUUAUACCCAUCAAAACAAAGCAUCAGACCAAACUCCGCUUGUGGUUACUUAGCCUGAUUCGGCCUCAAUCUCAUUUCAUGAACCAACAUCUUUAGGUCAAGUUUCUACUACAUAUCUUGUAGCAUGCAAUGGUACACAAUCUUGUAUUCAUCAUGUUUUUUCUUUUGUGACCUAUAGUCAUAUAUCCCCAACCUCACGCUCUUUUAUUGCUUCUAUCGGUUCCAUUUUUGUUUCAAAAUUUGUUAAGAAAACAUUGUCUCAUUCUGAUUGGCGCAAUGGCACAAUAGAGGAAAUGAAUUAUUUGGAUCUUAAUGGUAUUCCGGAUUUGGUAGACUUGCUCAUAGGGAAGAGGUCUAUUGGAUCCAUUGCAUAGUUGAAUGACCGACUAGUUGUGAAGGGUUACACUCAAACUUAUAGCUAUGAUUACUUUGAACGCCUUCUCUUGUUGCUAAAAUAACAUAUGUCAACUUACAUAUCUCACUUCCCGAAACUCAUGAUUUAUACUUGCAUUAAUAAUGCAUUCUUGCAUUGGUGAUCUUCCAGAGUGAUUUGAUAUAAAGAAACUUACACGAUUCGUUGCUCACAGAAGUGUGGGAGAGUUUUUGGACUUCACAAGUCUUUAUGGUAGAUUGGUAUGAAACAAAGCCCACAUGCAUGAUUUGUGAAUUUUCCGACGCCACUUACGUUAGUUAUUUUUGUGAUUUCAUGAAACAAAAGUUUUUAAAAUAUUAUUCACAUAUUCCGCAUAUAUAUGGUAUUGCAUUUGUUCUUGAUCCUCGUUAUAAACUUCCUUACUUGGCAAAUUGUAUAGAUUACUAUUAUGCUUCUUUUUUUCCAACUCAAGAGUUCAAUGAUAAUCCCAUCGACCCUAAACAAGAAUUCAACGAGGUUAGUAAUUUAUUUCAUCAAUUGUAUAAUGAAUUUCAUUCACAAUAUGGUAAUGCACCCCCUCCCAUGCAACGAACAUCUUCUUCAUCUAAAGGAAAAUCACUUUUAAAAUCCGCUUUUGGUUCUCUUUUGAAAAAAAGUAGAGCAACUCCCGCUACUGAACAAAGCUCAGGUAACGAGCUUUCUUUGUAUCUAACAUUGAAUGUUGAUUAUGAAGUUGGUGAUGACUUUGACGUUCUUAAGUGGUGGAAGGAAAAUGAAAGAACAUUCCCGAUUUUAUCAAAGAUGGCUAAGCAAGUACUAGCAAUGCCGAUAUCAACCGUUGCCGUGGAACAAGAAUUCAGUGCGGCCGGCAACGUCCUAACCGAUUAUAGAACGAGGUUGAACCCGAGCUCUCUUGAGACACUAGUUUGCUUUCACGAUUGGUUGAAGGCCCAACGAAGAACUCAAGAAAUUACCAUCACUCCCUCCCGCCACUUUAUGGAGGAAACAACCGAAGGCGGAGAGUUCGAUUGAUUUUUUAUUACAAAAUGUAUUACAUUUUUUAAAUUCAU